UUAACACGGCAGUUACCCCUGAAUUCCCUUUGAUCUCGAAGCCUGCACAUCUCUUUCUUGUUUCCUCCUCCAAAGUCACACAGCCUGAGCUCAAUAUUCCCGUGAAACCUCAACGCGACCCUUUCGUGGCUCACAGCGUCUUUUCCAAACAACCACCACCGCAAGGAACCAUGUCUACCACUAACGGAGUCGCUCCUGUACAUGUCUCGGGAACUAACAGCCCGCUUGACCAUACCAAAGCCAUGGAAAUCCUCCAGAAAGACUACGCAGGCAAGGAUGGACUCGAUGCUGAGACGUUGGUGGACUCCAAGCUCCAUGGUGGACUCACCUACAACGACUUCUUGAUCCUGCCGGGCUACAUUGGCUUCCCCGCCUCGGAGGUAAGCCUUGACACACCGGUUACCAAGCGAGUCUCCAUCAAGACCCCCUUCCUGUCCUCGCCCAUGGACACCGUCACCGAACAUUCCAUGGCAAUCCACAUGGCCCUGUUGGGAGGACUGGGCGUCAUCCAUCACAAUUGCUCGCCCGACGAGCAAGCAGAGAUGGUUCGGAAGGUUAAGAGAUACGAGAACGGCUUCAUCUUGGAUCCGGUGGUCAUCUCAGAAGGGACCACGGUCGGUGAGGUUAAGGCCCUUCGUGAGAAGUGGGGAUUUGGGGGCUUCCCCGUCACAGAGAAUGGCACUCUCCGAUCGAAGCUGAUUGGAAUUGUCACCAACCGCGACAUCCAAUUCCACGACGAACUCGAUGCGCCGGUGACAAAGGUCAUGUCGACUGAUCUGGAGACUGCUGAAACUGGAGUCAAUCUCCAAGAAGCGAACGAUAUCCUUCGCCGAUCCAAGAAGGGCAAGCUCCCAAUCGUCGACUCUGAAGGCAACCUCGUUGCUCUCCUUUCUCGCUCCGAUCUCACCAAGAACCUCCAUUUCCCUCUUGCUUCCAAACUCCCCGAUUCCAAGCAACUCAUUGCCGCUGCCGCCAUCGGCACCCGCCCCGACGAUAAAAUCCGCCUGGAGAAAUUGGUCAGUGCCGGUCUUGAUAUCGCCAUCCUUGACUCGUCCCAAGGCAACUCCAUCUACCAGAUCCAGAUGGUCGAGUACAUCAAGAAGACCUAUCCCGACCUCGAUGUCGUUGCCGGAAACGUCGUCACCCGCAGCCAAGCCGCUCGCCUCAUCGCCGCCGGCGCCGAUGGGCUGCGCAUCGGCAUGGGCUCCGGCUCUGCCUGCAUCACCCAGGAAGUCAUGGCCGUCGGUCGUCCCCAAGCCGCCGCCAUCUGGAACGUUUCCCAAUUCGCUGCUCGCUUCGGCGUCCCCUGCAUUGCCGAUGGCGGCAUCCAAAACGUCGGGCACAUCGUGAAAGGCCUCGCUCUCGGCGCCACCACCGUCAUGAUGGGCGGCCUCCUCGCCGGAACCACCGAGUCGCCCGGUCAGUACUACGUCAGCCGUGAAGGCCAGCUGGUCAAGGCGUACCGCGGCAUGGGCUCCAUCGACGCGAUGGAAGACAAGAAGGCCGCUGGGGCGGAUCUGAAGGAUGCGAAGGCUGCGAAUGCCGGCACCGCGCGAUAUUUCAGCGAGGGUGAUCGUCUUCUCGUCGCCCAGGGUGUGAGCGGAAGCGUUCUGGACCGGGGCAGCAUCACCAAGUUCGUUCCGUACCUGAUGGCGGGUGUCCAGCACUCGCUGCAGGAUAUUGGAACCAAGAGCUUGGCGGCGCUCAGGGAGGAUGUAAGGACCGGAGACGUCCGGUUCGAGUUGCGGACGGUGAGUGCGCAGGCGGAGGGCAACGUGCAUGGGCUGCAUACCUUUGAUAAGAAGCUCUACUCUUAGGAAUAGGAAUAGAGCCGUGUAGAGUUGAAGGUGAUGACUUUCUGCAUGCAGGAUGGAGUAUCAGUCCGGAUGAAACCGACUGCAAAUGACAUGACUGGAGUAGACCGUGGGUGCGAACCCUAAAAGUACAUCUGAUUCGGGAGGAGGAGCUCAGGUUGAAGAGCAAUUUCUCUUCAUUAGGAGACGUCCGGUGGUUGUAGUCUAGGUUUAACUUGAUCAAUUUACUGGCUUUUCUAUGAACCCUGUAUGCCGUUGUUAUUGGCUUCAUUCUACGUGAACAUGCUUAAGAAGGGAACUCAGGUCUCGAUACAGUUGCUCGGGAUCCGAUGUUUAGUUCAGACAAGUCUGUAUUGUUCGUGGCAUGCAAAACCUAGCAAAGUAUAUA